UUCUCCUGUGGCUAGUGUUAUUGUAGGUGUUGUGGUUGCUGGGGUUGCUACUUUGAAGGUUGCUUGGGUUGCUGCUCUGAAGGUUGCUGGAGUUGCUGCUCUGAAGGUUGCUAGGGUUGCUGCUCUGAAAGUUACUGGGGUUGCUGUUCAGGAAGUUGCUGGGGUUUCUGCUCUGGAGUUUGCUGGGGUUGCUGCUUUGGAGGUUGCUGAUUUGGGGGUUGCUGUGGUUGCAGCGGUUAUAGUUUUGGACCUCUUCAAUACAUCUUGGCACUUGGCUUAUUUGUGUCCAUCUAUAAAAGAUCAAAGUCAUGAUCGAAGUUUAAAUUAUAAUGUGAUGGACGUUCGCCAUGUAAAAGUUGGAAGAAAGAAGCAUGAAGGAUUGAAAUGUAGUAGAAAAAUUAAAAUGGAGCGAAAAGUUGAUAGUAAAAAUAGGAACAAUGAUGAAGUGGUAAAAAGGAUAAAGGUAAAUGAAAAGUUUGCAAAAGCAUCAAUUAGGCUCAUAGUCCAAGAAUUUGUUAAGCAUGAAUUAGCUUCUGAUGUCAUUCUUGCAAUGCCGUGGGUCAUGAAAACAAGGUGUAGUUUUGAAUGGAAGGAUAGAAAAUGUCACUGUAGUAUAAUGAAGAAUAAUGAUCAAAAAGAAACCAAAUUUGUAGAUGUUAGGUGUAUUAAAAAUAAAUUGACGGAGAAUGAUAGUGCUGGUGAAGAGAAAGAGAAAUGUAGUGAUGGAAAAGACAAUAAUGUUGUGAACGUAAGGUGUGUAGUAAACGUAUUGGAGGAUAAUAAGGCUGAGUUUAAGUAUAAUGGAGGUGAAGCUGCAGAUGGCAGAACGAAUAAAUCUGGAAAAGAUUACCACAAAAGUAAAAUCAAAAAUGAAAAAGAUGAACAAAAGGCAUUUCGUGAUGAUAAGAAUAAACGAUGCAUUAGAUUAGGAGGAGCAUCUAUGAGUCACCCAAGCACCAUACGAACAUUGAAUAGCAUGUUAAAGGCUAAACGUAAUGUGAAUAAUUUUGUAAGGUUAAAUGGUGUAAGCUGCCGAAGGGUGAAAACAAGUAGAAAAGUUAUGAAUAAGGUGUAUACAAGUUUAGUUGAAGGUGUAUUGCGAAUCGACAAUGCGAAAAUUAAGGUGAUGAAUACCUUGAGAUUUGAAAGUAAUGAAAGUUUUGAUAAAUGUGGUAAUGAUCCAAAAAAGCUGGACGCGUUGUGUGUUG